AUGGCACCUGGUUCGUCGUCAAGCCGGCCACAUUCACGGCCACGCCGGCGGGCUCACACUCCCACUCGGAACAAACGCGAUCUCAUAGGGACCGUGGGCCAGGCAUCAUGGAUAAGCAGUGUCAUCAACCUCUUGAACACAAUCGUCGGCGCUGGGGUCCUCGCUAUGCCCCUUGCCUUGUCGCAUAUGGGUAUUUUGCUCGGAACAAUCGUUAUACUAUGGGCAGGAUUAACGGCGGGCUUCGGAUUAUACCUUCAAACACGAUGCGCCAGAUAUCUCGAGCGAGGUUCAGCGAGCUUCUUCGCUCUAUCGCAAAUUACCUACCCCAACGCAGCCGUCAUAUUUGAUGCCGCCAUUUCCAUCAAAUGCUUCGGAGUCGGUGUCAGCUAUUUGAUCAUCAUUGGAGACUUGAUGCCUAAGGUGGUUCGUGGAUUUGCCAGUGAGGACGCUUUGGCUCCAUUCAUGUUUGACCGUCACUUUUGGGUAACCGCCUUCAUGCUGGUUGUCAUUCCUUUUUCCUUUUUGCGCCGUUUGGACUCCUUGAAAUAUACAUCAGUCAUUGCCCUGAUAUCCAUUGGCUAUCUUGUCAUUUUGGUGGUAUACCACUUUGCCGCGCACGACACCCUUCCCGAAGAAGGCUACAAAACACCACUACGAAUCUUCAAAUGGGCUAGCGCAGUAUCCGCACUUUCAUCGUUUCCUGUCAUCGUCUUUGCCUACACCUGCCAUCAAAACAUGUUCAGCAUUCUGAAUGAGAUUGGAGACAAUUCACACUUCCGCACUACCGGCGUCGCCACGGCCUCGAUUGGAACUGCCGCAUCGAUCUACGUCCUUGUGGCCAUCACAGGAUAUCUAUCCUUCGGCAACGAAGUCUCGGGCAAUAUCGUCGAGAACUAUGCUCCGAAGCCUGCAACAAUUAUUGGGCAGGCCAUGAUUGUUAUUCUUGUCAUGUUCUCCUACCCUUUGCAGGUUCACCCUUGUCGUGCAAGUGUGGACGCGGUUCUCAAAUGGAGACCGAGUGACAAGCUCAAGUCAAAACUUCGCUCAACAUCUGGAACCCCUUCUGUGGAAUCGAGUCCGCCACGUAAUGUCCCCCUUCUCCAGCCAAGCAGACAGCGCAAUACUGAGAUGGGAGAAACUCGGUUCGCUGCGAUAACCACAACAAUCAUCAUUCUGAGCUACCUGGUUGCAAUGACUGUCUCUAGUCUUGACAAAGUUUUGGCGUAUGUCGGCUCUACCGGUAGCACGUCCAUUUCCUUCAUCCUACCAGGAUUGUUCUACUACAAGAUUUCCUCUCCAGAUUCACCACUUCAUCAACAGCUUUUGAAAGAGGAAGAUGAUUACGACUAUGGUGAUGAAGCAGGCCGAAGAUCAGAUGAUGACGAUGGUGAUGAAGACGACGAAACUCUGCACGAGAGUCAGACUCUACUCGCAAACUCGGGCCUGUUGAGCCUCAGUGGUGUGAGCUUAUUAAAGAGAACGAGAACCUUUCGCAGAAACCUAUUGAGAAAGCUCAGUCUUGCGCUCGCUAUAUACGGACUUGUGGUCAUGAUCACGUGCCUCAUUACGAAUUCUGUUCUUCUCGGAACGCAUUGA